AUGCUUCUGCCUUUUACUUCGACGACAACGCGUCUCGGUCUGCGACUAUUUUCUUCUUCAUGUCGACGUGGUGAAUUCCAUUUUGAUACCCACCAUUUUGUCCAGCGUCUUGAACGCGAAGGACUGAACCGGGCCCAAGCCGAAGGCAUCAUGGCUGCUAUGGCUGAGGUUAUUGACGAGAGUAUCCGGAACAUGACGAGUAAUAUGGUCACAAAGGCGGAGCAGGAGAAGGCGAGUACUAAACACCAAUAUACCCAGCAGGUCGACUUCGCUCAGACCAAAUCGGAACUGAAGUUGAUGGAGAAGAACGAGACUGCGUUAAUAAAGGCAGAGAAUGACCGAUUGUUGACGGAUAUCGAGAAACUUAAGCAGCGGUUGAGGCAAGACAUUUUACAAAUCCAAGCUGGUGUGCGAUUAGACAUAAACUUGGAGAAAGGCCGACUCCGUGAGGAGGGGAGUGCUCAAGAACUGAAGAUCAAGGAGGUUGAUACUCGAAUAGAGCAAGAAAUUGCUGGUCUGCGAACAGCCAUCCAAGCAUCCAAGGCAACAACACUCCAAUACCUCGUUACCUUUGUUACUGGUUCCUCUGCUCUCCUCAUGGCAUAUCUACGCUUUAGGGCUUAA